AUAUCUAGUUCUGCCACUUCCCUUCGAUAAGGAAAGAGAGACAUUAGCAAAGAAAGAUAGUGGAGAGCAAUUGUGAAGAAGUAAAGAAAUGGCCCUAAUUUCCACUCAUAGCCCUUGGCUUUUUGUUUUUGGUCUUCUAGGCAACAUUUCCUCAUUCGUGGUUUUCCUAGCUCCAAUAUCGACCUUCUAUCGGAUUUGGAAGAAGAAAUCAACCGAAGGGUUUCACUCUGUUCCAUAUUUGACUGGCCUCUUUAGUGCAAUGCUUUGGAUCUACUACGCCUUACUCAAAGCUAAUGCUUUCCUUCUCAUCACCAUCAAUGCUUUUCAUUGCGUCAUUGAGACCAUUUACAUUGCUCUCUACAUCACUUAUGCCCCAAGGAAAGUGAGGACUACAGCUUUUUCAUCUUUAUCAAAUCUCGUCACACAAAAGCUUACAUCUGAUAAUUUCUUACUAUGGAAGGGUCAAAUUGUUCCAAUUUCAAGAGGAUAUGGAGUCAUGGGUUAUCUAGACGGGUCGAAGCCAACGCCUUCAGAGUUUGUUGAGUUAGAGGAUGACAAAGGCAAGACUAAUAUGGAACCCAAUCUUGAAUACGAGAAAUGGUAUGCUCAGGAUCAACAACUACUUUGGAGUACUUUAUGCAAGUCUUAUGCUCAACAAUCUGAAGUCAGAUUGAUGUAUCUCCAAAAUGAAUUACAAAAUACCAAGCGAGAUGGAAAAUCUAUUGAAGAUUAUUGGAAUAGGAUGAAGAAAAUCUUUGAUCAACUGGCUAUAAUUCAACACCCUGUGAAUGAUUUACAGAAGGUUCAUCAUGUUCUUACUGGUCUUGUUAAAGAGUACAAAAUGUUUGUCACAGUUGUGUUGGCUAAACCACCUUUGCCCUCUUAUGAUGACUUAAAGACAUUAUUCCCUCAACAUGAGCUUGCAUUUAACAUUACUUCAAAUGCAUCCAGCGGAGUUACAGACACUCCAUUGCAAAGCAGUGCAAGUCAUAAUGUACAUUACAUAGAUGCUCAGUAUGAUCACAGAAAUAAAGGAAGAGGAAUGCGUCAAGGAAGAGGAAGAGGAAAUUUCAAUGCCUAUAAUUCUUCACAUUAUAGCCCUUCAUGUGGAUAUGGAGGGAGAAGACAAUUCUUUAAUCAAAAUUAUCACCAAUAUUCAGGAUCUAGACGUAAUUCUGGUGAUUGUGGAAUUCUUCUUACUCCAGCUAAUGCACAAGCUUGCCAGAUCUGUGGUAAAUUCAAUAAUCUUGCUUCGGAAUGUUAUUACAGACACAAAAAUCAAAAUGAACCAAUAGCUUUGACACAUUCCAUAGCCUCUUCUUCAACAAUCUCUGAGGACAACUAGGCUAUAGACUCGGGAGUUGUUGGUCAUGUGACCGAAGAUCUUGGUAAGCUUACUGAUAUUGUUCCAUAUAAAGGGCAUUCUUGUAUUGGUAUGAGAGAUGGAUCUGCACUGCCAAUCACUCACAUUGGCAAAGCUUUGAUUUCAUCUUCAAUGGGAUCUAUAAUUGUUCCUGAUGUUUUUCUUGUCCCAAAUUUCAAAAAGAACAUCUUAUCAGCAUCUCAAUUUAUUGAUCAAUUUCAAUGUGCCUUCAUUUUUACUCUUGACAUUGUUUUGGUGAAAGAUCUACAAUCGAGGAAAAUCCUCACUAGAGGCAGACGUAAAGAUGGUCUGUAUGUGUUACAGAGUGAAGAAGUUCAAACUCUUUUUGUUGCAGCUCUGUCUACAAGGAAGCUUAAUAUAUCAGCAGAAUUAUG